CGGGCGUGGCGCGCUCUGGAGGAAUGGAGGGGCGCCACAAGGCCCCCAGCUGUUGAGCGGCCGGGAGUCCAGCUCUUACCCGGGACUCCCAGAGUGCUACACGGAUAUCUCAUGUUCCCUCCGGACAAGAUUCCUCCUCCAUCCCCCAUUUUACAGAUAAUAUUAUUACAGAGGCAGGGUAUGAACAGCAUCUGAUUUUUAUUCCACUCACCAAAAGCACUUUCUGGAUUUGCUCUUCUCUUGUGAAUUCUCCAGUGGAUUGGCCCUACCCAGGGUGAGAAGAAGUCAUCAUGUCAAUGCACGCAUUACCCGUAAGAUCUACCACUUCUACCAGAGACAGAGAAGAAAAACCAAGAGAAAAUUCAAGGAAAUCUGUCUCUGAAAAAACCAAGCCAUAUACUUACUAUUUUGAAGAUAUGUUUCUUUUCAAAAAAAAAGAACUAGAAGAAAAGGAAAGGGAAAAACUGAUAAACCGAAGUAGAAAAGUACAUGAAAAAACAACUUUUUCAUCCAGAAUGAAGAAUCGAUCACAUCUGGGAGGAAUACAUAUGCCCGUUGACUCAGUAUCUCAUGAUCUUGGUCUGGAUUCCACUGUCAUCCUCAGCUUUGUAGAAAGAAGUGCAGAUGCAAAAAAGCCUAUACAAGAAUUUAUUCGUGAUCAAAGAGAAAGGUUUAUGCUGGAGUACACAUUAGCAACCAAAAGGAAAACAAUAAUGAAGCUUCAGAAACGUAUGGAGAUGAAAGAGCAGCAACUCCUUAAUGCAGAAAAAAGACUUCAAGAAGAUGCUUUUGCUUUUGAAGAAUUUCUCCGAGAAAAUGACCAGAAAUCAGUAGAUGCAUUGAAAAUAGCAGCACAAGAAACCAUUGGCAAACUCCAAAUGACAUCAGAGCUCAAGAAGGCUAACUUGGAAAUCCAGGUUGUGAAAAGUGAAAUUACAAAAUCCGAAUUCCUUCUUAAGGAAUAUCUGAAAUAUGGGUGUUUUUUACUGAGAUUAUCUCCCAAAGCCUGGCAAAUGCAGCAAUCAUUAAAGAAAAUGAAAAAUAAAGAUAUUACUUCAGUUCCUAGCCUUCCAAAACUGGUAUCAAAAACAUCAUCUCUGAAGAGGUCAAAAGACAGUCAAAGGAAAAUUUCAUCAUAUAGCACAACUACAGAUGAUGAAAGUAAAAAAGGAAAAAAAUCAUCAGUUGAAAAAAGGAAACUCACAUCACCAAAGGCUGCAAGUGUUAGCUCAGAAGACAGUUUGGAUUUUGGUAUUGAUGAAAUAGACUGCGAUUUGGAACCAGAGCUUUACUUCAAAGACCCAGAAGAGUUACUUCAGGUCUUCACCGAGCUAGAAGAACAGAAUCUUACUUUGGUACAAUAUUCCCAAGAUGUCGAUGAAACUCUGGAUGAUGUAUCAAAAAGAGAAAAAGUUAUACAAGAUAAAGUGAAUAACAACAUAGAAGCUCUAUUGACUCAAAAAGAAAUGCUUAAGAAUAACUGUGCUCGAGAAGAAGAAAAAGCAGCAGAAUUGGAAUUAAGGUCACGGCUAUUUAGUUUUGGCGAGUUUAAUUCAGAAAUUCAGGAAAAACUGAUAGAAUCCCUAAGUAAAAAAGUCAAUCAAGUAUACAAAGUCUGCAUUGGAGAUGUGGAUAUAGCCAACCUCAAUCCAGUUCAAAAGUUGGUCAAAGUAGAAUCUCGACUGGUGGAGCUGAGUGACCUGAUUGAUUCCGUUCCUAAAGAAAACAUCGAAGUCAUUGAGAAGGCAAAACAGAGAGAAAGAAGACAAAAACUUCGUGAGGAAAAAUUAAGAGAAAAGCAGAGAUCCCAGGAAGAAAAAAUAAGAAUUGCCCUAGAAAGAGCAGUAUCACAACCAAAGAAAAAGAUGGGAAGGAGACUUGUUUUUCGUUCACAACCUCUAUCGGAUAUCAAACAAGAAAUACUCUUUGUGGAUGACACAAAGUCAAAAUUACUGGAGGAACAGUUUUUUUUUACUUGAACAAAAUCAACCAGACAUAUAUCUCAAUUUUCAGGCAAAAGCCUGAAAAUUAUUUAUUUUUUUGUUAAGUUUUAAGUUUUAUUUUUUAAGUAACAGAAUUUUUAUUUUAAAGAAUGAAUGUCAUUCAGAGUUAUAUCUCCAAAUUCCAUUAAACCAUAUCUUUCCAGAA